GCUCAGCAUCGUGUAUAUGUGUUGCUUGCUUUGACCAAGGCGAUCAUGAAGGUCAUGACUUCUUUAUAUCGAGAUCGGACUACGGUUGUUGUGACUGUGGUGAUGCGUAUGCGUGGAGACCCCAAGGCUUCUGUCGCCGCCAUACCGGACCUUUGCCGAAU